AUGAGCCGUGACGCUCUUCCGAAAUCGUUCAAUAUCCACGUCGACACGGGCAAUCCCGAGCCAGGCCCUCAGGAGUACCGCCAGCCCGUCAAGGAGUAUGGAGAACAGUGGGACUGGGAUGCGGAUGUUCAGGACUACGUUAGAUACACGAAAGACGGCACAAAGCUCCUCUACACGAACUACCAGCGGGAAGGAAGCCCGCCGGCAUCUUCACCACAGCCAAGCGAGGACCAGCACGAGUUCCAAGUCAAACCAAGGUCGCCUGAACUGGGCUGCGUCAAAGCAGUGAAGCCAGCAGCCCCUUCAUACGACCAACCUUUGGGCGAUGAAUUCCAAGUGGUAGCCAAGCCCAAGCGCUUCUUCUGCAUCGGCCGCAUCUUCAAGGCCGUCUGGUUCGAGCCCGGCGCGGCCGACCCACCAGCAUCCCGGCCCAAAUCGAGCGCUGGGGGAGGAGGUGCCAUCGGACUGCCGUGGACGACCAAGUGCCCCGGCUUCCACGGGGAGAAGCCGGUCGCGCGGUUUCGCUGGUUCGUUGUGGUGCGCCGGCGGCUGCACCACUCGCUGUGCUUCAGCAUCACGACAUUUGCUGGGAGCAAAGGCGGCAGCCGCGGCCGGCCAGCCGACUAUGUGGUGCUGCACAACUCCAACGUCAAGCCCGCGCGGCCGUACGACGAGGAGGAGAUCACGCGGGAUCCGAUUGCCGUUAUUAUCGAGGAUGAGGAGCAGUACAUCUCACCGAUUGCGAGGCUCGACUGCGGAAGGAUUUAUACGGUUGAGGAUAAUCUGAGGGUUUCCAAGAUUGGGCGGGUGCACCCGGCUUCGCUGCCGUUGCUGGAGGAGUUUUACAAAGAGUCCGUGGCGUGA